AUGAAUGAAAUUAAUAAUGGUGAUUUUAUUGUUAUAAAUAAUAAUAGAAUGGAGGAAUCAGAAUUUGUUAAAUUAAAUGUUGGUGGUAGUGUUAUUUAUACUACAUUAACCACAUUAAGAAAGGAAAAAGACAGUAUGCUAGGAUUAAUGUUUAAAAAAGAUUCAACAUGGAAGCAUGCAAAGGAUGAAAAUGGAUGUAUUUUAAUAGAUGCAGACCCAAGAUAUUUUUUAGUAAUUUUAAAUUUUCUUAGACAUGGUGAAAUUAUAAUAGAACCAAAUUUAAAUUAUUAUGGUGUUUUAUCAUUAGCAAGAUAUUUUGGUUUAAAUAGUUUAACUGAUUUAAUCGAUAACGAAGAUGAUAAUAAAAAUAGUUGGACAAGUUUAAUGGAAGAAAAUUUUUUAACUAGCGAAAUAGAUCAUAAUAAAUGGGCAGUUACCAGAGAGGCUGGUUCAUCAAAUUUUUCUUUAGAAGAAGGUAGAUUUAAAUUUAUAAAUAGGGUAUAUUUAGUUAGUAAAGAUCAAUUUAACCCAGAAGAUGGCGAAAUUAGAAUAACAGGUAUUUGGACAAAAGAAACACCAGAUGAUUUCUUUCAAAUUUGUACAAGAUCAGACGGUAAAAGUCAAGGAUCACCAUAUUUCGAAGCUAAAAGUGGUGUUGAAUUUCAUUAUAGCCGUGGUCAGGCAGCAAUUAUAGGUCGUGGUGGUUUGGUUCCAUCAGGUGUUGUUAAAAUAAAGAAACAAGGCGAGUUCUUUUUUGGCGUUGGUGUACCUGUACAUUUUGAAAUUUUUGAUGAUGGCUGCACUGUAUCUUUUUCACUUUGGGAAAAUACUCACAACACAUCAAUAGAAGUAGAAACAACUUGUACAAAUAAAAAUUUAAUAAACUAUAUAAUAAUUCAUAAUAGAGAAAAAACAAGUACAACUAAUCAAGCCUCUUGGCUUUCAAAUAUAAAAGUUUCAAGAUGGAAUAAAUCAACCCCUCGUAGAAAUCGUUAUAGAAGAGUUCAUGAAAAAAAAAUGAAUUUAAAUACUAGUAUUUAA